AUGAUUGUUGCAAUGGACUUGAAUGCCUCGCCGGUUCCAGAGGAAGAUGAAGAUAUUUUGGAGGAGAAGAUACAUGUUCAAGAGUAUCAUGCGCCUGAAGAACGCAUAGAAACUGGAGCUGAUAUAGCACGCCGGGAGCGUGAAGAAAGAAAGAGACGGUUGAAGAGAGAACGGCCAGAUGACAGACCUGUUCAUGUGUCACAGUCACCUGGAUAUGAUAAGCUAUUUCCUGCUAAGAACCAUAAAUCAUAUGAUAAAAGUAGGCUUCCUCCAGAGGCUAUGACGCUGCUAUGGAGAAAGUUUUGGUGGAAAUCCCACAGACUGCCAUUCUAUGGUGGUGGCAUCGCAGGUUCUUUUGAUAUGGGCUAUGGUAGUCAGGAACUGUUGAUGGUAAUUGCAACGACUAUGGUUGAGUUCCUUCUGAAAAGAGGAAAGGAGCUGGGUCAUGUGACUUGA